AUGAGCUUUGCACCAAGCCAACCGUACCCGACCCGUCGAUUUUUUCCAGGUACGAAUGAUUUCUUUUUUAAUGCAUUUGGAAACAAUACCUUUUGCAUUAGCCUGCAUCCGACUGUUCUUUAUGAAAUUGCAAAACUAGCCGCUUUGAAAAUAACUUGUAGUGUUGCAAAUCGAUUUUUUUUUUUUGCAUUGGUGAAUCAAGUUUCUAUCUAUCUAUCUAUCUAUCUAUCUAUCUAUCUAUCUAUCUAUCUACAGGGAACCUCAAUACAUAAAUUGUUGAUUACUCGGUUCAUAUUAUUUUUUAUCUCCUUUUCUCGCUCAAUCUAUUUCCUCCUCUCUUUCUUUCUCUCCCUCGACAACUGGAUCUAUCUAUCUAUCUAUCUAUCUAUCUAUCUAUCUAUCUAUCUAUCUGAUUCUCUUACAAUUUUGGCAGAUCUUUGCAAAACUAAAUAUAUUGAUCUAUCUAUCUUGUUACGUAUAUUUCAUUUGAACAUUAUGCCCUCUAAUGAAAGUUUAGCACAGGCAUCACAUUCGUUCAAAUAUUGA